AUGACGCUGACACAAACGCUCCUCCGCCUUACGGCCUUCAAAAACCCCCUCCUGCGCACACUCGUCCCCUCCGUCGCAAUCGCAUACGGCAUCCAGACCGCCGUUGCCGUCCCCGCCAUCGCGGCCCAGACCGAGCGUUACUACGACCUCAGCGGUAGCCUGACGUACAUCAGCUGCGUGGGCGCGUCGCUGGUGCUGCCGUAUCUGCGCGCGAAGCAGGCCGGCGCAGCUGUGGGCGGGUUGGCGGAGUACCUGGGUGCUGGAGGACUGGGGCAAGGCGGGUGGUGGUGGAGACAGGCGGUGUUGAGUGCGGCGGUGGGGAUCUGGGCGACGAGGUUGGGCUCGUACUUGUUCAGCCGCAUCUCGUCGGACGAGGGCAAGGAUAGCCGCUUCGACAACAUCCGCACGUCGCCGUCGAAGUUCUACGUCGCGUUCUUCGCCCAGGCGACGUGGGUGUCGCUGUGCACGCUUCCCGUGAUCCUCGUCAACAGCCUGCCGCGCAGCGCGUUCGCAGCAACGGGCUUCGGCGCUGCGAUAUCCGCGAAACCAUACCUCACCGACGUGCUCGGGCUGGCCAUCUUCGUCUUCGGCCUGGCCUUUGAGGUUGUUGCCGACAGGCAGAAGAGCAAGUGGGUGGAGGAGAAGAAGGCGAAGAAGCACUCGGAGGAGUUUCUGACGCACGGGUUGUGGUCCAAGUCGCGCCACCCCAACUACUUCGGCGAGGCGACGCUGUGGACCGGCAUUGCGAUUGCGGCUGCGGGUCUUCUCGUGCGGCAACCGGCGCAGGCUGCGCUGGGUCUGAGCGGGCUGGGUGCGGCGGGUAAGGUGCUGGUUACGGGGUUGUGUGCGGUGAGUCCGGCGUUUGUGUCGUUCUUGUUGUUGAAGGUCAGUGGUGUGCCGUUGAGCGAGAACAAGUACGAUAAGCGGUACGGCGACAGGAAGGACUACCAGAAGUGGAAGCAGGAGACGCCCAUGUUUAUCCCGAAGUUCUGA